GAUUUCGCGCCAAUUUUCAUUCUAGAAGAAGAAGCGGGACACGACGGGUGUUUCUCAGAAGCGUCUUGUUUUUCUCUCUCAACAUCUGUUCAACUUUCCUCUUUUGUCUCAUCAUGGCAUCUAAGCGCACAUCCCUGGAUACUGAACCGGACACCGUGGGCAAAGUGCCCACCCAGCCCAAGAUGAAGAAGCCCAGCCCUCCCAAGGCCCCAGAGCCAAAGUGCAGCUGUAUCGGAAGCUGUAGGACAAGAAAAUGUCCCUGUGGCAAGAAGGGGGAGGCCUGUGACGACUCCUGCAAGUGUAUGGGCUGCGUAAACCCCUUCAACAUCCUCGCAGAGUAUAACAUCGACUUGUCAGAUGCAGCCGAGGACGCAUGUCUCAUGGACAACAUCUUCAAGGUUAAAGAUUUGCGAGGUCGCCUGGAGCAGAGUUAUGAACUGGAGUGCUGUGAGGAGUCUGUACAGCUGAAGGAUAUGUUGCCUGGGGUGGCCCAAUGUCCUGGAGAAGAAUGUGGCUAUGAGUGGCAGUUCUCCUGGUGCUGGAACCGCUUCGUCGAUGAGGAGAAACGUCCGAGGUACCACUGUGAGAAGUGUCGCUUUUGUGCCGACUACAGGAGUGACCAUUGUGAGAUAUGCAACAGGUGCUACUUUGCAGGCCACUGGGGUAUAUUUGAAUGCCCGUGCACGCCGGAGAGUGAUGUGGACAGUGACCCUGAGGAACGUGAAACAUGCGCUGUCAUGUGAAUUAGCUCAGAUUCCCACACCUGACUGGAACAUCGCACUACAUGGCCCAGUACAUGUGAUAGGGCAUUGCUUUUUAAGCCAGAUGUGAUGUAGCACUUUCGCAUCCAAGUUUAGUUUUAUAUGUAAGGUUUCAGUAUCAUUGCGCUACGUGGACCAGUACAUGUAAUAGGGCGUUGCUUUUUAAGCCAGAUGUGAUGUAGCACUUAAGCAUCCAAGUUUUGUUUUAGCCUUAUAUAUAAGGUUUCAGUAUCAAACUGAACUCUUGUUUAUUUUUUUUAUAUUUGAAAGUUGUUUUUAACACAAGAGUAUUAUGCUAUAGGAUAAAUGUAACAAGUUAGUUUACAAAAUAUCAGUUUUUAUAUAAAAA